AUGCAAAGAGCGAAUCGAACGUGCUUACGCCGUGUCACCUAUGGUACUAUUACCGUAACCAGAGGCGAGGCUUGUGACGUCAGCGAAAGUAUCGGUGCUAGUAGUAGUAGUGGUUAUGGUAUCAGUAGCAGUGAUAGUAGUAGUAGCAACAUCAGCGUUGAACCGAUUAGUAGCAGUGGCACCCCCUCCAAUUUGGGACAGUCCGAGCACCGACUUCCACCAACUCCGAAAAAAACUUUAAAAAGAAAAAAAAUACAGGCAGCCAGUUCAAGGGCAAAUCCAGUUACAGCGAGAAGAAAAUUAAACUUCGACUCAGCAACCGGUCAAUCUUCAACACCCACCCUACCUCCUCCUGUCGCCAGUGCUUCGGCACCAACAGAAACUUCAACAGCAGCAGGGUUGAGUUCAAUUACUACCUCUGGACCUUCUUUUUCUUCGUCGUCAACCCCAAUUGGGGAGUUGUUUGAGUCCGACCAGAAGUACAAUUCCAAGAAGUACAAUUUUGAUUUCAAGGAAGGCAAACCACUUGCCGGCGAGAAUUAUAAAUGGUCAUCAAACAGAGUCCUAUUAAUACUUCUGCUUCAUUUAAUCAGAGCUCAGUGCACCGUAUCAGAAGGCCUAGGAUGGGCUCUACCAUUGAAGUCAUCUACAUUGGCCAAGAUUGAAAAGAUAAGUUUUAGUGUACUGAGUGUUGAAUGUGGUAUACUGUGUUUCUGA